CACCGCCCGGGUCGUGGAGCCAGGAGCGACGUCACCGCCAUGGCGGGCAUCAAAGCUUUAAUUAGUUUGUCCUUUGGAGGAGCGAUCGGGCUGAUGUUCCUGAUGCUUGGAUGUGCCCUUCCGAUAUACAACCAAUACUGGCCCCUCUUCGUUCUCUUCUUUUACAUCCUCUCGCCCAUCCCGUACUGCAUAGCCAGAAGAUUAGUGGAUGACACGGACGCCAUGAGCAACGCGUGUAAGGAGCUUGCCAUAUUCCUCACCACAGGCAUCGUCGUCUCGGCUUUUGGACUCCCUGUUGUGUUUGCCAGAGCACAUCUGAUCGAGUGGGGAGCUUGCGCACUUGUUCUCACGGGAAACACAGUCAUCUUCGCGACUAUUCUAGGCUUCUUCCUGGUCUUUGGAAGCAACGACGACUUCAGCUGGCAGCAGUGGUGAGGAGCUGCUGAACUGUAGUCACGUUGGACUUCUGUCGUCUGCCGGCCACCCGUGCACAGGAGAAGGGGCCGUGAUGCUGAGCUGUUGGCGAGCCUCUGGGGUGUCCUAGUUGCUUCCUUCUCACUGUUGUUCGCCUCCUGUUUCCAUGGGGACUUGCUGAAGAUUAAAAGGAUUUUCUCAUUUGGAAAAGCUUGGCUGGUUUCCCACUUCUCUAGACUGCUUUCCAUGGUGUCCUGCUGAAUCUAAAAUCCUUACAUGUUUUCCCUGUUCAGUUGUUUUAAAAUCAGUAUGCAAUGUUACCCAUUUUUAAGAUGUAAUAGCCAUUUGCAUUGGUUUAGGAAUUCAGAACUUCUGGCUGUAUUAUGGGCUAAAGUAUAUAUUUUCUCUAAAAAUCAGUUAAUCUCCAUUAUUAAAAAAAAAAGUAUACAUGAGUAAGUUUUCAUUCAGUCAGGAUGACAUCACUCCAGGUGAAUGCAAACCUUCAGAGCGUUGACAUACCUUAUCUACUAUUUACUCAGUGAAAGAUAGCUGCAUUUAUACCUCAGGGGGGCCGACUGAUACUGCCCAUGCCCUCCAGAAGGGUUGCUGGUUUUACUAGUGGACAGGUGUUUUGUGAAUUGAAAACUAUUUUGUGGAAUUGCUAUAAAAGAGUGCUUUUCUCCUCAACUGUUAGAAGAAUUUAUGUUAGACUUUAAGGUACAAGUGUAAAAACAAGUUCCGGGAUCCAGUUUCUAUCCGUGUGUGUUAUGGUCAAAGCAAGCGAGUAGCUGUGUGGGAAAAAGCAACAUUGGCUUCCCACUGUCUGCGUGCCGUUUCCAUCCUUAGUGACAGGUCUGAGCUCUGUCACCUCUCAUGGUUUGGAGGGUGAAAGGGACAUGCAUGGGACAGUUGUGUGUUUGCAGUGUAGAUAUUCAAAAGCUUCCCUCUGCUUCCUCCUUUUAACUUAUUUGUACAUUGUAUAUAUUAAGUAAAAGAACUUUUCAAAUAUAGUUUAAUAACGUUUAGAAAUGUUUGACUACUAGGAAACCAAUUGCUAUGCCAUACAUGCAGAGUGCCCCUCCCCCACAAGGCCUUGACAUGAUUCACAAGUGACUUGUUAGUCUUGCAGGUAAUCCAGGAACGUGCAGUUGUAGGACUUAGACCACCGUAAGAGUAGUCUCCCAACCUUACAGCGUAUGUACUUGAAAAGCACUUAAGGCAGGUUUGCUGUAAACCUCUCAGUUGUCGCGGUUUGGUUUCAUCGUGAUGGAUCCGCUGUCGUGAGUAAGGUAUUUAUUGUAUGAAUUCAUACAGAGUAGCCAAAUCCAGCUGUGUCACCUCUUCAAACACAGCCCUGACCAAAAUCUUCUCAGUGACCAGGCAUGACCAAAUCGUAGCGGUCAUUGGCAUCUUCAGUUCUCAGUCCUUUCCUUACCCAAGAGCUGAUUUUGAAAAUGUUCUCAUUGAUCCAGCAGUAUUUUUUGUGAGGACACUUGUAUGUCUCUCCAGUGUGCUUAUAUAAAAAGAAGUGUUCUGCCUUUAGCUGAAAAAAUGAGUAACCAUGACAACUGUCUUUUGUUGUUGUUUUUUUUCCUACAGUUUAUUUCUCAAAAAAACAAAACAAAACAAAAAAAAAACCUGGAACAUGCACCAAGUUUGUUCAGCUUUUACUAAAGAUGUCUACAGCCGCGGUUUUUAUUUUGUUUCUGUUUGCCCUGACCCAUGUUUUAUUACUAUGGUGGUGAGGUGGGAAGCGUUAUGAAAUGUCCAAAUGCGGCCAUGCCAUUUGUGGGUUAGACCAGCAGUGGCUUGUUGAGUAAUGAUGACAGAGACUCGCCGGCGGUGUGCGCAUGGUCAGAACCCUCUCUGGGAUCAAGAAUGGAGCAGGAGGUUUUGUCUCUGGUCCUCCCUGCCCUCUGCUCCUUCACAAGCGAAGUGCUGAGCGCUUGGCCAUAGACUCCUUUCUAACAGCUGCAUAUUCUUUCUGGGUACUAACUAAUCUUAGCAGCAGCAUUGCGUGUCUGACAUGACACUGGCUUGCCAAUCCCAUCUCUGGUUUCUAGGCUAGCUACUUAAGAGUAUUUUCAUGAGUAUGCGCCAACACAUUGUCGUCCUACCGUGGAGAGAGAGAAAACUUUUGAUGACAAAACAAUAAAGAUUUUAAAUAUCCA